UAUUUCAAUGCGAUAUGGGUGCGCUGGCGCCUCCUCCCGUGCCCGCCGCUCUCUCCUUUCGCGCUGUCGAUCGCGAUCCUCCCUCGCAGACCCGGCUCAAUGCGGCUGGGAGGUCGCGAAUUCCGAGCAACACGGUUUCUUUUCGGCAUUGGAAUCUCAAAUCAGGCAUCGCGUUUGCUCGAUGUGGAGGGGGCUGCUUGUUCUUGGCGCGCGGGAGGCGAUCUCGAUCGAUAUUUUGCUCCCUCAGCGCCGAUGAGGUCCUUUUCGCUGAUAAAGCUGAUGGAAAUCCUCCGGCUGACAGGAGUUUGCUUGAGGAUAUUGUGGCCAAGGACGGCCUCGCGAAAGAAGUCGCGGUUUUGGCGUUUCCAGCGCUGCUCGGUCAGGCGAUUGAGCCGCUGGCGCUUCUUACGGAGACAGCAUUUGUAGGAAGGCUAGGAGCGGUGGAGCUAGCUGCUGUUGGAGUUUCGAUCUCGGCUUUCAACUACGUCUCUAAGUGCUUCAACAUUCCUCUUUUAAGCGUGACAACUUCGUUCGUAGCUGAGGACGAUGCUGCUGUUCUCACCGAUGAUCAGAUUUCAGAGCAGCAGUCCGACGCAAAAAAAUACGGCAAACAAGUCCUGCCUGCUGUUUCUUCCGCUCUCGUCCUCGGCUGUGCAAUCGGGUUAAUCGAAGCGUUGUUACUGGGAUGUCAAGGUGGGAGAUUGCUUAAACUGAUGGGCGUCGCCAAGGAUUCAGUAAUGGCACCACCUGCAAGACAGUAUCUCGUUUUUCGGGCUCUUGCGGCGCCAGCAGCCGUGCUUUCACUGACAUUGCAAGGUAUUUUUCGCGGAUUGAAGGACACCAAGACGCCUCUCUAUGCAACCGCGAUUGCAAGUUUGUCAAACAUUGUCCUGGGGGCAACUCUUAUAUUUGGUCUAAAAUUCGGCGUAGUGGGUGCGGCAUUUGCAUAUGGAGCAUCACAAUAUGCGAUGAUGUUUUAUUUGCUGUGGUGCCUUAACAAAAGAGCGAUCCUAUUACCGCCCAAGCUCAAAGAUCUGAAAUUUGAGCGCUUUUUGAAAAAUGGCGGGCUCCUUCUUGGUCGCACUUUAUCUAUUCUUUCAAUAAUGACCUUGUCUACGUCGAUGGCUACCCGUCAAGGCACCAUACCAAUGGCAGCUCAUCAAGUUUGUAUGCAACUUUGGCUUGCUGCGUCGCUACUUUCAGAUUCGUUGGCAAUAGCUGUCCAGGCUCUUCUAGCUGGUGCAUUUGCAAAGAGAGAUUAUAGACGGGCUAAACUGGUAUCCUAUCGUGUCUUGCAAAUGGGCUUUUCUUUGGGAAUUCUAAUGACCACAAUCCUCGGUACAUCUUCCAGUAUUUUAUCUAAGCUGUUCACCAGCGAUAUAGGGGUGCUCAAAGUGAUGUCUACGAUUAUGCCAUUCGUUGCUUUGACGCAACCGAUCAAUUCGCUUGCUUUUGUUUUUGAUGGGAUUCACUAUGGUGCUUCCGAUUUCAGAUACUCGACAUAUGCAAUGAUGUCAAACGCACUAGUUUCUUCAGCUGUUUUACUAUUGGCUCCUAGGAGGUUCGGACUUCCAGGAGUCUGGAUGGGCCUGACGCUUGUCAUGGCUUUGCGAGCUGCUGCUGGCUUUUUGAGGCUAACGUUCGCAACGGGACCAUGGUCAUUUCUGAGAGACAAAUGGGAGGAACGAGCCUGAGACAAGUUCCUCUCGUGAGAAUGUGAAGAGGCUCUUUUUCCUUUUAUUACUUAACGCGCAUUUUUUUACGUAA